AUGGGUCUCCAAAUCUUAGAAGAAUUUCGACCAAUUACGCCCCUACGAACAGUGGUUCCAUCUUCUAGGACCUUCAAACACGACCUGGGAACGACAAAAGAGGUGCUAAACGAGGAUGUCGUAGAAGAGUGCCACACACCCACAUCACCGUCCCAACAAUUAAGGACCCCACCGGUGUGCCCUCCAGCUCCAAAGAAACCACGACUCCUCCGAACACACACUUUAGACCCACCAUCACAAGCGUUCUUCCCAGUGUCCCACGAUCUGGCUUCUAUCUUCGUCCUUCGCAACCUUCCAACAACACCAACCAAGCAACCUCUUUGCUAG